UCAACAAUAAAUAAUAAGUCAUGACGGGUGACGAGCACAUUUUGCAGUUAUCCGCACAUUUCUAAUUUUAAUAUUCUUUAGUUUUGAUCUUCGUCACAUUGUGUAUUAAACACUAUUAAUUAUUGUAAUACUGUCGACAGAGUGAACCGUGCGUGUUGUACGGGCGUUGUGCUUCAUGAGAACGUAGUACGACUGUUGAACUACGACGGCAAAAAUUAAUAACAUAAACACAGCCACAGAAAUUUCUCGCCGAGCAAUAUGCCAGUAUUCACAGUGAAGGUAAAAUGGGGCAAAGAAGUAUACCCAGACGUAGAGAUAAACACGGACGAGCCGCCCCUUGUGUUCAAGGCGCAACUGUUCGCCUUAACUGGUGUCAAUCCCAACCGCCAGAAAGUAAUGAUGAAAGGUGGCACCCUUAAAGAUGAUGUAUGGGGCAACAUACAAAUAGUUGAAGGUCAGAAUAUACUGAUGAUGGGUAGCAAAGAUGAAGAUGUACCCGUUGAGCCCACAGUUAAGCCAAUGUUUGUGGAAGAUAUGACUGAGACACAAUUGGCUACAGUUACCAAUAUGCCUGCGGGACUUACUAAUUUGGGCAACACUUGUUAUUUGAAUGCUACUGUUCAGUGCCUUAAGACUGUACCUGAAUUACGGCAAGCCCUGUCUGAUUUUAAUGCAGCAUCAUCUACAUCUCUGUCUAAUUUUGCACCAGCUGAGAAAAUCACAAUUGCAAUGAGUGAUUUAUAUCGAACUAUGGAAUCUAAUCAAACAAUUCCACCUCUUGUACUUUUACAAGUAUUACAUCAAGCAUUCCCCAGAUUUGCUGAUAAAGUAGAAGGGCAUUAUAUGCAACAGGAUGCUAAUGAAUGUUGGGUAGAACUUAUUCGUAUGCUACAACAAAAGUUACCUGCAUUGAAAAAUAAAAACGACAAGUCAACCACUAAUUACAAAUCUGUAAUAGAUCAAUUUUUUGGUGGUACAUUUAAUGUUGAAUGGAAAUGUGUAGAAAGUGAUAAUGAAGAAGUGACCACAACUACGGAGUCAUUUCUGCAAUUAAGUUGUUUUAUAUCUCAAGAUGUCAAGUAUAUGCAUUCUGGUUUGAAAAAUAGAAUGCAAGAACACAUCACUAAACACUCGCCAAUCCUUGGGAAAGAUGCUGUUUAUACCAAAACAUCAAAAAUCAAUAGACUGCCAGCAUACCUAACUAUUCAGUUUGUGCGAUUCUUUUACAAAGAAAAAGAUAAAAUUAAUGCCAAAAUCUUAAAAGAUAUUAAAUUUCCAAUUGAAUUUGAUGCAUUUGAAUUGUGUACACCAGAACUACAAGAGAAACUAGUACCAGUAAGAAGCAAAUUCAAGGAGUUGGAGGACAAAUUGGCUCAUGAAGGUGUAAAGCCAAGUGCAAAACAGUUGGCAGAAUCAAAACAGGAAGAAAAACCUACAGCUCCAUAUUGGUUUGAAAAUGAUUAUGGUUCAAAUAACUCAGGUUACUACUCCCUUCAGGCUGUCUUAACACAUAAAGGUAGAUCAAGCUCUAGUGGCCAUUAUGUCGGUUGGGUUAGACAGUCCCCAACAUCUGAAAAAUGGAUCAAAUGUGAUGAUGAUACAGUAACACCAGUAACAACAGAAGAUAUCCUUAAACUAUCUGGUGGAGGCGAUUGGCAUUGUGCAUAUGUUCUUCUUUAUGGUCCAAAACUUUUACCCCUGGAUUCUUCAUCUGUAUCUAGCUGAGCCUAUUCAACUUUAUUAGUUUUCUUUUAUGAAAAGAAAAAAAAGAAAAUAAAAUUCUUGUAAAAAUUAUGUUUUUUUUUUUUUAGAAAAAAAAAGGAGUAAUACCAUGGAAGAUUAUAAAUUAAUAUACACAAUAUUGUCAAAAUAAUUUAUUUAAAAUACAAUUUUUUUUUUAUAUUGAUA